GGGCGGCCUCCGGGAGGGGGGUCUCCGGGGAGAGCCCGCGGUAAGGUCGCGGCGGGGGGCCGAGCUAGGACUCUGCCCGCAGGCUGGUGGCGUUCCCGCGUAUCGAUGCCGCCGUUCGAGCUCGGGCGGAGCGACGGGGCAGCCGUGCGAUGCGGUGUUCCCUGCGCGUGGGAGACGUGGUGGGCUCGCGGUUCCUGGUGUUCGAAGCGAAGUCGGAGAUGCACAGAGCAGAGCUGGGGGAGAAACGGGGUUUCGGCCUCAGAUGUCCUGCCUGGGAGGCCCAGUCAGUAGUGGAGUCGCUCUGCGUGUGGAGGAGAUGCUCUGGGAAGGGAGGAGAGUUGGGGCCCGUUCUCCCCCAAGGGGCAAGGUCCUAGUCAUGCCCAGCCUCAGAACUCGCCGUGAGGAGGCAGAGAUGGAGCUCUCUGCUCCAGGACCAUCCCCUUGGACCCCUGCAGCCCAGGCCCCUGUGAGUGAUGCUCCUGCUGUGACCCACCCUGGAUCUGCAGCCUGUGGUCCCCCCUGCUAUAGUGAUACUGAGCUGGAAGCCAUCUGCCCUCACUAUCAGCAGCCAGAUUGUGACACCAGGACUGAAGACAAGGAGUUUCUGUACAAGGAAGACAUUCAUGAAGAUAUGGAAUCACAGGCAGGAAUAUCAGAAAACUGUGCUGGUGACGUUUCCCAGGUGCCCGAGCUUGGAGAUCUGUGUGAUGAUGCAUCAGAAGGAGACUGGGGAGUCUCUGAAGGCAGGAGGCUGCCACAGUCCCUCUCCCAGGAGGGGGACUUCACACCAGCGGCCCUGGGGCUCCUUAGGGACGCCUUAGAGGAGAAAGAUCUGGCCUGUAAUGGUUUUGACAGUUGCUUCAGUCUGAGCCCAAACCUGAUGGCAUGUCAGGAAAUCCCUACAGAAGAGAGGCCACAUCCGUAUGACAUGGAUGGCCAAAGUUUCCAGGACUGCGUGGACCUAACUGGUCACGAGGGGGUUCCCACAGCUGAAAGUCCACUCAUAUGUAAUGAGUGUGGGAAAACCUUCCAAGGAAAUCCUGACCUUAUUCAGCAUCAAAUAUUCCACAUUGGAGAGGCUUCCUUUAUGUGCGAUGGUUGUGGGAAAACCUUCAGCCAGAACUCAGUUCUUAAAAGCUGUCAUCGAUCUCAUAUGAAUGAGAAAGCCUGCCAGUGCAGCGAAUGUGGGAAAGCCUUCCGAGGGUGCUCAGACUUUUCUAGGCAUCAGAGUCACCACAGCAGUGAGAGGCCUUAUAUGUGUAACGAAUGUGGAAAAGCCUUCAGCCAGAACUCGAGCCUUAAAAAGCACCAAAAGUCUCAUAUGAGUGAGAAGCCCUAUGAAUGCAAUGAAUGUGGGAAGGCUUUUAGGCGGAGCUCAAACCUCAUCCAACAUCAAAGAAUCCAUUCUGGGGAGAAGCCGUAUGUGUGCAGUGAGUGUGGGAAGGCCUUCAGGCGAAGUUCAAACCUCAUCAAACACCACAGGACUCACACAGGAGAGAAGCCUUUUGAGUGUGGCGAGUGCGGGAAAGCCUUCAGCCAGAGCGCACACCUGAGGAAGCAUCAGAGGGUCCACACUGGAGAGAAGCCUUACGAGUGUAAUGAUUGUGGCAAGCCCUUCAGUCGGGUCUCCAACCUCAUUAAGCACCACAGGGUUCACACUGGAGAGAAGCCCUAUAAGUGCAGCGACUGCGGGAAAGCAUUCAGUCAGAGCUCCAGCCUUAUUCAGCACCGGAGAAUUCACACUGGAGAAAAGCCUCACGUGUGUACCGUGUGCGGAAAAGCCUUUAGUUACAGCUCAGUGCUCCGGAAGCACCAGAUCAUCCACACAGGAGAGAAGCCGUACAGAUGCAGUGUCUGUGGGAAGGCCUUCAGCCACAGCUCAGCCCUCAUUCAACACCAGGGUGUGCACACAGGUGACAAGCCUUAUGAGUGCCACGAGUGUGGGAAGACCUUUGGUCGCAGCUCCAACCUCAUCCUUCACCAGCGAGUCCACACUGGAGAGAAGCCCUAUGAAUGUACUGAAUGUGGAAAAACCUUCAGCCAGAGCUCAACCCUCAUUCAGCAUCAGAGGAUUCAUAAUGGGCUGAAGCCCCAUGAGUGUAGCCAGUGUGGCAAAGCCUUCAACCGAAGCUCCAAUCUCAUUCACCACCAGAAAGUUCAUACUGGGGAAAAACCCUACACCUGCGUUGAAUGCGGUAAAGGCUUCAGCCAGAGCUCACACCUCAUUCAGCAUCAGAUAAUCCACACUGGCGAGCGCCCCUACAAAUGCAGUGAGUGUGGGAAAGCCUUCAGCCAGCGUUCCGUCCUCAUCCAGCACCAGAGGAUCCACACUGGGGUGAAGCCCUACGACUGUGCUGCUUGUGGGAAAGCCUUCAGCCAGCGAUCAAAGUUGAUCAAACACCAGUUGAUUCACACCAGGGAGUAGCUUGUUGGGCUGGCAGGAGUGAAAUUGAGCAUAGUUUCCUCUCCAACUCCUCUUUGGCCAUUGUCUCAGCCUCUGCCACUUCCCAGACCGAAAGCCUGCACUCAGCUCACUGCCCCACAUCCAGUGGCCACAUAGCCUGGGACCCUCCUUUGAAACAUCCUUUACGGGCUCCCUUCUCACUGCCACUGCUCUUGCCUCUUGUCAUGUCUUGAGUUUGGGUUUGCUUUUACAGCUUGUGAACAGACUGCACGUUUGUUACAAGGGAGAAGAUUAUGGAGGCUACAUAUUCGUGAAUAGAGUUUAUUAUUGUAAUCAAAAGUUACCAAAAAAGUAAAGUGACAUUUGGUUUGAGAUAACCAUAGUAGUUUUUUUGGUUGGUAAUUCAUUGUGUGGGGUGAAUUCUUUGUCACUGGCUGUAAUUGAUAUUUUAAGUAAGUCAAGUUUUCCAGGUCUGAUUGCUUUGUCAUCUUCCCCAGAAGUGGUACCUACUCAUCACCAAUUCCCUGCCCUUCUUUGUCCCUCCUGUUCCAAAACUUGAACCCAAGGCUCCCCUGCCACCCCACUUUUCUUUAUACAGAUCUGCAAUCUGAGGUCAGCUUUCUCCUCUCGCUGGUCUGCUGUGACUCAGGCCCCCAUAUCCUGUUCUGGGCUGCUGCACAGUUCCAUGUGGCUGUUCCAGCUUCUGGCUUCUGGGCCACAGAGGAAGCUCUCUCCAUGCACCUCAUUUUCAUGCCCAAGAGCUUGCAAGCUGUUUUUUCCACCUAGUAAGUGCCCUGCCUUGAGGACCCAGCUCACUCACCCCCAUCCUUAGUUCUCAGAGCCGUGCUCCUGUUCCCUGAACAAGGAGAAAGCCCAGAUGCUGAGCAGCCCCUACCUGCUAGCCAGUGGGUCUGAGGGUGUCAGGACACAGUUUCAUGAAAAACCUAGCCCUGACCUGUCUUAGUAGAUAAAAGUUUUGUUGGAACACGGCUGUGCCCAUUUGUUUACAGAGAGCUGUGGCAGCUUCUGCACCACAGAAUCGAGCACUGGUGGUGGAUUCCAUAUGGUGCACAAAGCCAAAGUAUUUCUUUCUGGUCCUUGGUAGGAAAGUUUGCACAUCCUGCCUUGGGAUGCUCCCUGUGACCUCAGUUGACUCUCAGGACUCAAGAGUUCUUGCAGGAGUUGAAAUGUGUUUUGUGACCAAGGGACUAGUCUGUACUGUGGAGUGGCUGACUGUGUGCAGAUGGGUGAUUCCUGCACAGUUCCCACAGCCCCAGAACCUUCAUCCUCCUUACCACUCCCCAACACACUGUACGCCCUCUGGAGAGAUGCAAGACCUAAGUGUUGACCUGAGUUCUUACUGCAGUUAAGAGUUUUGUGAAGAUUGAAAUGUAUCUCACAGAAGCACUAAGAGAGCUGAAGAAAUAGACUGGAGUCCAAGCUUCCGGGAAAUAAUCCAGAACCAUCCCGUGGAACUCCCCUGACAAGGGAACUGCUGACUACUUAGGAACCCCACGGCUCUGCUGUGACGUAGGUAAGUGAGCUCCCUUUUUAAGCCAUGAAAUUCUUCAGAGGGACAUUAGGAAAAGAACGACAUGAAUAAAUACUGAAGUCUAUCUUGUUUGUCCAUAGACUCAAUAUCAUGAAGAUGAAAAUUUUCCUAAAUUGAUCUGCGAAUUCAGUGCAUCCCCAGUCAAAAUCCAGACAGGAAGCGUUUGGGAACUAGUCCACAUUAUCUCAGUUCACCCAGAAAAGACACAUGUAAGUAGCAGGUGUCUUCAUGUUUGUUUGGUAGCAAAUAAAGACAUCCACUGGACUAGCA